AUGCAUAUUUAUUUGUCUGAUCAACUUAAUAUUACUGCAUCAAUGACUCUAUUGAAAGAUGGUAUAUAUGUUUUAUUAAACGUUACAAAAGAUAAAAUUAUAGAAUGUGGACAGAUCUCAGGGGGUUUUUCAAAUGAAUGUGGACAGAACUCAUUAAUUCAAAUUACAAUUUCUAAAAUCGAAUUAUAUGGUGCAAGCACACCAAAUGUUCACAAAGUUCUUUUUGCGUUGGAAGAAUUGAACAUUCCUUAUAAUUUCAAUGUUUUAAGUCUCAGAGAUGGUGAUCAGUUCACUGAAGAAUUCAAAAAGAUCAAUCCAAAUUCAAAAGUACCAGCUAUUUUUGAUCGAAAUGUGGAAGGUGGUCUCGCUGUUUUUGAAUCUGGAAACAUUCUUCAAUACUUGGCAACUCAUUACGGUAAUGGUAAAUACUUACCAAAUGCAACAACCGAUAUCAAAGGAAACACUCAAGUUUUAGGAUGGUUAUACUGGCAAAUGUCUGGUUUGGGUCCAACACAAGGAAAUCUCAAUCAUUUCGAUAAAUAUGCACCAGAAAAGAUUGAAUAUGCUCUUAAAAGAUAUUCAAAUGAACUUUCAAGAUUAUUCCAUGUUUUGGAGAAGCAAUUGGCAGAUCAUACUUUUAUUGUUGCUGAUCAAUAUACAAUUGCAGAUAUGGCAAUUUAUGCAUGGAUAAGAUAUAUUUAUAUGCAUCCAGAGUUUACAAGUCAAGAAUUCCCAAAUGUCUUUAAAUAUAUUGACAGAGUGAGAUCAAUUCCAUCAGUAAACAAAGUUGUCACUGAAGCUGAAGAAGAUCUAAAGAAGAAUCCACAUAAACCAGUCACUGAUAAAGAAAGAAAGAUCAUGUUUGGUCAAAAUGGUAAAUCUGACGAUGACCAACAAUCUAAACAAUAA